UUUCCACCUCUUCCUUCUUUCUCCUUUAUUCCUAUCUUGGCGUCACGACUCACAAAUUCUUUCUUGUCAGUUGGGGAAUCAGGUUUGGUCCAGAAUCAGAGGGCUAUUUCUCGUCAUCGUUUUCUUAUGUAAAAUUGUUAUUCAUCAUCAGAGAGGCUGGGUCGUUGCAAGGAAAGGAGCAACCAGAGAUCUAGCCGCGAUCGGAUGAACGGCUCUGAUAGCAGAUAAUAGGUACCUUGCCAGAGAAUUUUUAGAAAAAGGAAAUAGACAGAUUGAGAGAUAGGAAAAGAUUAGAUUUCAUUCAUAAUUUUGCCCCAGAUAGAGUCAGGCAAUUUAUACAAGUAUCUCCUAUGAGAUACAUCCGAGGCUAGUAACAUUAUUCAAUACAGUAGGGAAUAUAUAGAUGGUAUUUGUACAAGUAGCUGGGCCUGUAGACGGGUCUCAGCAGAGUGAUUAUGGAGGUGUUGGUUUUGUCUGUGACAAAUUGUUUCGACUACCAAGUUGUUUAGCUGCUGCUUUUUUGAUGCAGGUGCAUCUAUUAGACUUCCUAAUCUAAAUAGGCUCAUCAGCCAAUAAGGCUAAAUUUUAGUUAUAAUAGAUUAAUAGGUUAUUUUAUUAUUUGUUUUCCUAUUCUUACUAGGAUUUGGUUCAAUUUCCUGUUUUGGUUUUAAUUUCCUUCGUCAAUUAGGGUUUCUUAUUAAACUAGGAAUAGGAAUACUUGGCUGGUGUAUUCUAGUAUAACUAGGCUAUUUAGAGACUCUUGUAUUUAGUUUUUGUUGAUGAAUAUAAUUUCAGACGUUAGUCUAUAGAGUUUCUGUUGGGAGUUUGCCCUAGAACUCAAUUAUCUUUGUACCAACUUCAAUUCUAUUGCUUUAUCCUUCUAUUCUCUGUAUUUUGGGUAUGUUUGGGUCGCUGAACAGCAGCUUAUAGUUGCUGCCCUGCAUCAUUUUUGCUUUGCUGGGUUACUCUAAGGUGAAUAGUUUUUGGUAGACAGAAAUGAGGGUUUGAAUAUUCAGUAUUAUUAUUUGUGCAGCACACGCCCUUUUUCAUGAAAAUUAAUCACACGAAACUACUUGUUCAGCAUACAAGUCUGCAAUAACAAUAUUAAUGGAUACCAGUAUAGUGGAUGAAGCCUCCUCUCCAUCCUCUUCAUCCUGCUCCUCAAAUGAUGAGAUGUAUGAUGUGUUCUUGAGCUUUAUCGGCGUAGACUCACGCAAGACCUUCAUGGACCACCUCUACUGGACAUUGAAAGACGCCAGAGUCGAUGUCUUUAUUGCUGAGAAUAAACUAAGAGGACCAAAACUGAUGCAAGCAAUUGAACAAUCCAGAAUCGCUGUCAUCAUCUUCUCAAGUGGGUAUGCAUUUUCCAUAGGGUGUCUUCAGGAGCUGGAGAAGAUCAUGGAGUGUAGAAGAACACUAGGGCAAAUGGUUUUGCCAAUUUUCUAUCAUGUUGAUCCUAAAAAUGUCGGGAAACAAAUCGAUAGUUUUCCAGUGAACCACCAUGGAGUUAAAGAUUGGGAAGAAAUGAUGCGGUCAUGGAGAAAAUCUCUAAUUGAGGCCACAAAUUUGUCCGGCCUUGUUUAUAUGAAGAGUGAAGGGUAUGAAGGAAUGUUAAUCAGAAAAAUUGUUGACGAGAUCACCAGAAAACUGAAGAGCACAUGCGUAGACGUAGUCACCGAACAAGUAGAAUUAGAUUCAAGCAUUCAAGAAAUCAGUAAUGAUUUAAAGGUUCAUGUUGGAAAAGAUUCUCGAUUGCAAGAAAUCAGUGCUCGUUUAGAUAUUGGAGGCCCAAAAUAUGCUCACAUUCAACCCCAGGGCCCACGGCCCACUGCUUUCAAAGUCAACAAAGCGUCGGUCAAGAUAAAGAAGCGACCACCUCAUGCAGUUGUGAAAUGCUGCCGGACUGUGGUCAUCCAAGCCAAUCCUAGUGAGUUCAAGUCCUUAGUCCAACGCUUUACCAGCACUUCCUCUUCACCGUCCUCCGGUGAUGGCGGCCUCUCACCAGCCGCAAGACUCGCCUCCAUCAACAAAACAACCCUUCAUUCUUCUUCCACUUCAGAUCACAAGAAGCCUUUGAUUCCCACCAUUUCUUCUCAUGACGAAGACUUUAUGGGAAGUAUUUGUAAUAAUCUUAAAGAUCUAGGAAGAGGAGAAGGAGGAGGAGGAUCCCUGCAAAUUGAUGAAACGCGUCACUUUCCAGGCUUAUUGUCUCCUGCCCCAGCCAGUUUGCCGUCUAUCCCACAUGGGUUUUUCUCUCAUCAGCAUGACGGCGCCCUUAUGCCAUCUCCAACUGGAGCAGGCCAAAUCCAAAAAUUGAGUUCUAGCCCAUAUUGUUUACUGGCCAGGCCAAAAUUUCCCCCAAGCCCAAGAUAAAGCGGAAUAUAGCCUGAGAUUCCAGUCGCACUCAAAAUGGUGGAGCCGACGAUCGGAUGCUGAGCGAGCAGCCAACGUGAAAAUGAAGCUUAAGAUGGACCCCAGCUGAUAGCUGCUAUUGAAGGCAAGCUGCUGGAAUUGGCAAUCUCAUUGAUUUCUUCUCUAUGCACAAAAAGCACAAGCGGAAUGGAAUUGCAUUGGAUAAAUUGAAAACACUUUCUCAUUGGGAAACUCACGUAAAGCUUAAAAUAAGCUAUGUUCAGCUAGCUGAUGAUUGCCCGAGAGAUACAUUGCUUGAUAUAUCUUGUUUCUUCAUUGGAAUGAACAAGAACUAUGUCAUGCAUUUAUUGGACGGUUGUGGCUUUUCUCCAGUAAUAGGAAUGAGCCUUUUAACUGUUGGUGAUAAAAAAACAAGCUGAUGAUGCAUGGUUUGGUUCGAGACAUGGACAGAGAAAUCGGACGUGCAAAAUCUUUACAUCCAUGGAAGGCCUAGUAGAUUGUGGAAUCAUGAAAUGUAAAACGCCUACUGAGGAACCAAUUGGUAACAUUUGCUAUCAGUUGUAUUACAUGCAUGUAGGAAACGGGGGAAAUUGAAGGACUCACUUCAGAAUCUGACGAGCGUAGCUUCAGUACAGAAGCAUUUAGAAGGAUGUGAAGACGAGAUUGGUCAAACUCAAUUACAUAAAGCUGACUGGUAGUUAAUAGCAUCUUUCGAAAGAGUUACGAUUAUUGUGUUAGUAUGGAUUUCUUCUGGAGGUCAUACCCGAAGAUUUUAAUCAAGAAAACCUAGUUGCUAUUUAAAUGGAGGGUGAAUUAACAACU